UUUAUUUUGUCUUGUCAGGGACAAAAAAAAAAAAAAAAAAACCUUCGCCUUCCCUUCCGCUGAUCUUCGCUGAGCAGAGAGGGAGGGGAAAUUUUUUUUUUAGCACGUUAGCAAGAUGUACAGCCGGCUCACUUCUAAUUAUAGCCCGUCUUCUUUCUGCCUAUUGCAUUAUGGAUGCCCGUCCAGAUAGCGUGGGAAGGUCUCCGUAGAGGCUGAAUGCAACAUCUCCUCCGCCUGCACCGCAUUCGGCGCGUCGUGGCCGCACAACGCGGGGCGCGAUGCGGGAGUACAAAGUGGUGGUGCUCGGCAGCGGCGGGGUGGGCAAGUCGGCCCUGACCGUGCAGUUCGUCACCGGAACCUUCAUCGAGAAGUACGACCCGACCAUUGAAGACUUUUACCGUAAGGAGAUCGAGGUGGACUCUUCUCCGUCGGUGCUGGAGAUCCUGGACACGGCCGGCACCGAGCAGUUCGCCUCCAUGCGGGACCUUUACAUCAGGAACGGCCAGGGCUUCAUCCUGGUCUACAGUCUGGUCAACCAGCAGAGCUUUCAGGACAUCAAGCCCAUGAGGGACCAGAUUAUCAGGGUCAAGAGGUACCAGCAGGUGCCGGUGGUGCUGGUGGGAAAUAAGGUGGACCUGGAGGACGAGAGGGAGGUGUCCCCCAGUGAGGGCCAGACACUGGCAGAGGACUGGGGCUGUCCCUUCAUGGAGACCUCCGCCAAGAGUAAGACAAUGGUGGACGAGCUUUUCACUGAGAUCGUGCGGCAGAUGGAUUUUUGCCCACUGCCGGACCGCCGAGAGGCUUGCUGCCCCGCCUGCAGCAUACAGUAGCAGCCCAUCGGUCUGCUGGAGGGGCAGAGGGCUGAUGGAUCCUAAGACAGAAGGAGAGCUAAUAAAAUCAUGUUAAUAGAAUGGCGCUAGAAAGGACUCAAGGAAAAUUCUUGCUGUUACCAUUUUUUUAUUUCCUUGUGAGGCAUGCGCUUUGGCUCAGAGGCAUGCUGGGAAAUGUAGGAAAGCAUCCAGUCAAGCAGACAAAUGAGAUGAAAAUCACAGGGAGGAGUUUCCUUUGAACUCCCACAUCCAUCAGCCCCUUCCUGGUCAACAGCCAAUUUCAGGGGCUUUCCCAAAGGCGGCACAGUGCCAAAACCACCUUAAAAGCCAUCAACCAAGAGGUUUGGAGCCCUAAAUCAAUUUUGGAAGCCAAGAAAAGGAUAAUAUAUAUCUGUCCUGUUUCCCUUUUGCACUCUUCUUGACAGUGCAAAGACCAAACCGCAGAUUUCUACACAGAUGUCAAGCAGCACCACUGUGAAGGUGUCACUCCAGAGGUCGGCCCAGCAGCCGGCCUGCCUAACUAAGAACGAAUGAAUAGAUGAAUGAAUGUCUAACAAUAAAAAGUUUCACCUUUUGUGGAGAUUCAUUCAGAAUAUUCCCAAAUGUUGCAAACGUGGAUGAUGUGUGCAUGAAGUCGUACUCCCACGCUGACCUCGUCGACUACAAUCUCACCCAAAGAGACAAUGUCUAGCAAUCAUUGUUGAAAUGUGCAGACACUUGACACCUUACAGACGAUACAAAUGCCUUGUAUGCUGAACAUGAUAGUGACAGUGUAUCUUAAAUUGCAUCAGUUAGUGGCUCUCAUCAACACUUAUUUUGGAAAAAAAUAAAAAAUCUUUA